AUGUCAUUCACAGCGAACGACGAUAUUGUCCAGAAGAUGAUUCCAGUCUUCGAGAAAGAGUUCGGUGUCAAACCAGAGUAUGCAGGCCGCGCUCCAGGAAGAGUCAAUCUCAUUGGUGAGCACAUCGACUACUGCGGAUUCUCAGUAUUCCCAAUGGCGCUCGAGGGCAAGUACACAACAGCACUCCUUGCUAAGAACGAAUCUGGCAUCAUCCGCAUCAGAAACCUCGACUCAAACUUGAAAGGCUCAGAUGUCAAAGUCAACAGUUCCAAGCUCGAAGGAUCCGGUUGGGUCCAGUAUGUUGAGAGUGCAGUCAAGACAUUCCUCGAAUUAUUCAACCGCAAGGUCGGUGGUCUCGAUGUCCUCAUCUUCGGAAAUGUUCCUCUCGCAUCAGGUUUGUCAUCAUCUGCAGCACUUCUGUGCGCGAUUGCUAUGGGUCUCGACCUUAUGACAGGCGGUGGUGCAGACAAGGGCAAGCUUGUUGAAUCAUGUGUUGAAGCAGAGCACCGCGUCGGUGUCAUGUGUGGCGGCAUGGACCAAGCAAUUUCUAUCCUCGGCGAGAAAGAUCAUGCAUGCGUCAUCUCAUUCGUUCCAAAGAUCGCAGCAAGACCAGUCAAGCUCCCACCAGCACACUUCGUUGUUGCACACUCAGGCGUUGCAGCUGCAAAGCUCGCGACAGCAGAUGACUGCUACAACAGGCGUGUCGAAGAAGUCCGCCGUGCAGCAGAGCUCAUGAUGCCAGGUGCGAAGACGAUCGGCGAUGUUGUCUCUAAGUACGGCUGGGAAGGUGCAAUGGAUCUUGCUAAGAAGCUUCCAGAGCGCGAAGGAAAACUUGUUCUGAGAGAUCGUGCAGUCCACGUUGUUGGUGAAGCACACCGUGUCUUGAAGAUGGAUGGUGCAUCACUUGAGGAGUGGGGCAAUCUCAUGAAAGAAUCACAUGCAUCAUGCCGCGACCUCUACAAGUGUUCAUGCGAAGCACUGGAUGCACUUGUUGAAACAGGUCUGAAGAACGGUGCACUCGGUGGACGUCUCACCGGUGCAGGCUGGGGUGGCUGCACAGUAUUCAUUCUUUCACCAGAUUCAGAUCCUUCGAAGUUCAUUGAGGCAGUUAAGAAACAAUUCUAUUCACCACGUGGUGUUAAAGACCCAAUCAUUUUUGCUACAAAUGCUGGCGAAGGUGCACAAGCUUUCAAAUUCUAA